AACAAAACACAGCUGUGUGUCCUGUUUAUUGCAAGUACGUUAAGUUAGCUGUGGUCAACACCGGUGUCACUGUUGUUUUUUUAACACUAUUUGUAUCCCUGUCAUUACAUCUGGCAGCUUUUUCACUAAAGCUCAAACAAAAUGCCUCAAAGUGCCACAUCCUCAUGUGGAAAGCAGUCGGGCAGCAGUGCUUUCACUCACCGCUAUCGCACACGAGCCCUCACCUCUCAUGUGGAUGAGACCCUCUUUGGGACACCAAAACAGCAUUCUGCUGGUGAUAUGAAAGACGAUCCUGAAGGCGGAAGCGUGAGAUUGAGGACACGCUCUGCUCCUGCACCCAAAGAGCCAAAUUUAGAGACAGUGCGCAUCAUCACUAAAGACCUUAUCAGGGACCUCAGAAUCCCAAAUGAGGACCCAUCUGGGCAGUCUGUCAUCCUGUCCACGGCUGAGUUCAGGCGAAUCCUGGUGGAGUCUCAUUCUCCUAGUGAAGAGAAGGCAGCUGUGCUACAGGCCCAACGCCAAGCCCGUGAGGAAGCCAUGGAUGCUGCAGAGCAGAGAAAAGCACAGAUGCAUCAGGCGGACCUGUCUCGGCAGAAGAACCAGAACCUCAGUGAACUCGAGGAAGAGGCAAGGGACCGGGCUCAGUACCUGUUGGAACGGGCGAACGCCCUGAGAAUGGAACAAGAGGAUGAAGUCAAGAAGCUCAAUGAGUUAAUUCAGGAAGUGCAGUGCCAUGUUGUCCGGGAUGCACAAAUUCAGGAGAAGAAACAGAACCAUGCAGAGUGGCAGGAGGAAGAGAAGAGACUGGAUGCCAUGAUGCAGGUGGAUCGUCGCCGGGCCUUAGAAACCCAGAAACAAAUUGAACAGCUGCUAAAGCAGCAAAGGAUUGAUGGGAAGAUGUGCAUCCUGGAUCAGAUCCAGAUGUGUCUGGAGGAGAAAAUGCUACAGGAUGAGUUGAAGGAGCAGGAGGGUCAGCAGUUGUUGGAAAACAUGGAGAGGAUGCAGAUGGAGGAGCUCAAGGCCAUUGAAAGAAAGAAGGAGGAGCAGAGGAAUUUGCUUCAAGAGAUUCAGAAGAUAAAUGAAGAGAAUUUGCUUGCUAAAGAGCAGAAAAAGGAAGAAGAGAGAUUAGCAGAUCUGCGAGCUGUAGAGUAUACACGUAAGAAAUUGGAACGAGAGGCAGAGUAUGAAGCUGAGCAGAUACAAAUCAAGAAAGACAAAGAGAAGGAAGUGGCGCGACUGAGAGUUCUUCAAGAAAGGGACAGAGACCAUAAAGCUGAGCAGGAUGAGAUCAGGGCACGGAGGAACCAAGAAGCAGCUGCAAGGGAAUGGAGAAGAAAAGAAAAAGAGCAGACUCUGAGAAAGCUGGAAGUAGAAGAGAAGCUGAAGGCUGCUCGUUUGGAGCAAGUCACUCACAAGGAGCACUUGCUGUCCAUUGAAGCUGGACGAGAGAGAGCAGAGUUUGAGAGGGUCCUGAGGGCACAGCAGGAGCUCAUUGAGAAAGAACGAGAAAAAGAGGAGCAACAGCAUCGAAAAAUCCAAAGGCAUGCUGAGGCUGUGAGGCAGCAGGUACGGGAGAGAGAGAUGCAGGCCGUCACCCAGCACAGAGAGCUGUUCCAAGAGGGCGAGCGGCUGGAAGAAGAGGCACGCAAUCGCAGAGCCCGGUUGGAUGAGAUUAAAGAAAAGAAGCUGAGGGAACUCAAGGCAGCUGGGCUCUCAGACAAGUACUACAAGGAAGUGGAGCGUAAGGUUCGAGCCCUUCCAGCUCUAUUAAACUGAAGAAUGGUAGAAAUGGAAGAGAUCAAUCAAAUAAACAAACGAAGAAAUACAUUUGUUGUUUGGCUCAACAUAUGAACUCCCCAGUGCAUGUUUUGCCAGCGGAUUUGUGGAAAAGAUUACAUCACUUAUGGAAAGGGUAAACAAAAUACACGUCAAGGCAUGUGUGGUUUGUGGUCUUUGGCUGACUCAAUAUACUGUAACUCCAAGUAUGUUAAAAGUGCACUGCUAAAUCUUCUGACAAGAAUGUAGGACAAAGCAAAACAUACUAUGUAAUUUUUAUUGAAACUUGUAUGGAAUGAAUUUAAAUUAAUCUGUAAUCACAUAUAAUAUUCAGUGGCCUUAAAUACUAUGUACUUACGUUUAAAUUAAUUAUUUGGUACAAUGCACUUAUUGUGUACAAAUACAUGUUUUACAUUGAACUUGUAUU